GGAAAAGAAUCCUUCUUUUUUCCCCCUUUCUAGCAGCCGUUAUCGGCCAACGUAGCGCGUCCCGACGAAGCGUUCCGCUACGACGAUACUUCACCUUUUUUUUUUCUACUCCUGUUGCAGCAGCCAGUUGGAAGCGCACAAGGCAGUUCUCUUCGAUAGACAAAUACACCCACGCACCGUGACUGAAGUACGCGCCACCACUACGACACCAACGAAUAAGAUUAGGCGAAAAAAACAUCAGCGAAGAAAGAAGAAUGGGUCUUCUAUGCCUGGCGGCGGUUGUUGCCGUCUACAACGGCUUUCUUUAUCUCAUGCGCCUGCGUGUGUUGCCCGUGAUUGUGAUGCGUGCCUGGUACACCCUCCACCUAGUGCUGUGUGUCAUCAUGAGCUGGUUCGCGGGAACGGUGCUCAUGUUUGCAGAGAAGAAGUUGCACCUCCUCAGCAAGUCCACAUCCCAGUCGCUGGAGCGCUGCGUGUGUGCGGCGACCUUCGGCAGCUGGCUGCGCUAUAACAGUCCCCACAUCCACGUGCGUUGGAUGCCCGGAUCCCUGCCGUGGUCCUCCAUCACGAAGCAGCACGACUUGUGUCUUUGCCACACUAGCUUCUUCGACACCAUGUUGUACCUCUGGUACGUGCCGUACAGCUACAUCUACAGGGCCAAGACGUUUGCCAAGGCGAGUCUGCGCAAGCUGCCGCUCUUCGGCACCGUCAUGGUGGGCUGCGGCCACUUCCCGGUGUACUUCAACUCCGAGGAGGCCAACGCCUUUUCGGUUGACAAGGCGAAGCAGGCGGCGGUGGCGGCGGAGGUGGAGGAGUGGCUGGGCGAGGGCGGGUCGCUCUCCUUCUUUCCGGAGGGGGCGCUGAACCGCACGCCGGAGGUGCUGAAGGACUUCCGCCUCGGCAGCUUCAACAGCAUCAUGAGCCACAAGCUGCCGGUGUACUACUGCGUGACCUACGGCAAUCACGAGGUGUGGAAUGCGUCCCUCCAGGGCAUCCCCGGCUACCCAGCGGACGUGUACGUGUACAUGGGCAAGUACGAGUAUGACCCGGCGAAGGAGGACGCUGUUUCCCUCGCCACCGGACUGCGGCAGGAAAUGCAGAAGCACCUGAACGACAUGCUCGCGCUGCGUGAGCGUAACGGGUACAAGCCAUGGUGGAAGGCGGGCAAGGCGGAGUAA